GAUCCGGAAGUAGAUCUAGCCCCAGCGGCGGAAAAUGGCGGAGUCGAAGGAGGAGGUUGACGUUUUGGUCCAGAGAGUGGUCAAAGACAUCAGUAGCGCGUUCAAACGGCACCCUAACAUUGAUGAGAUUGGCCUAAUACAGUGCCCAGAAGCUCGCUACAACCGCAGUCCCAUUGUGCUGGUGGAGAACAAGCUGGGCGUUGAGAGCUGGUGUAUCAAGUUUCUGCUGCCAUAUGUCCACAACAAGCUGCUCCUCUACCGCCAGCGCAAACACUGGCUAGACAGGGAAGCUUUAGUGGAUAUUACUUGCACUCUUUUGCUGCUCAACCCAGAUUUCACCACUGCUUGGAAUGUCAGGAAAGAGUUGCUGCAGUGUGGUGCUCUUAACCCAGAAAGGGACCUUUACCUGAGCAAGCUUGCCCUCACCAAAUUCCCCAAAAGCCCUGAGACGUGGAUACACAGACGCUGGGUGUUGCAACACAUCCUGGAUCAGUUUUCCUCUGUGGCCCAGACGACAGAGCAGCCAGUUGAAUCAGAGCAUCCUGAUGCAGAACGGACCCUGCUUUUGAGUAAUCAUCUGAACAGAUUAAUUCACCAAGAGAUGAAGGUGUGCUCUGAUGCUGCUUGCCGCUACCCUAGUAAUUAUAACGCCUGGUCACACCGGAUCUGGGUACUGCAGCACAUGGCCAAGGGCAACAUAAAGGUUUUCCAUGACGAGCUGUCAUCUGUGCAUCCGUGGGUGUCCAUGCACGUGUCUGAUCACAGUGGGUUUCACUACCGCCAGUUCCUUCUGAAGGAGUUAAUCACUGAACUUAGCCGGUCUUCAUCUUCUGCUAGCACAAUCUUUGGUUCAUCCCAGCACUGGACCAGUACUGUCCCCAGUAGCAGUCAUCUGGCAAAUGGUGAGCGGUCAUUGGCUUAUUCACCCAGUGGGGAAAGGUUUGCUACAGUUCUUCAGCUUUUUUACCAGGAGACUGAACUGUGCUCAGACCUGAUUGAGACCUUCCCUGGACAUGAAACACUCUGGAGUCACAGAUCCUCAGUAUUGCAGUUGUAUUCUGAGGCAAAUGGAAACACUACAUCUUUCUCACAAAAUCUGGCACUGCACGGAUUCAAGGUCUGUAUCCCUUUCAUUAUGACACGAUUUUCUUCACAAAAUUUUCUCAUCACCUCAGAGAGAACCACAUCAAUAACUGGAAUCAAUACGCCUGUCCGAAAAAACUCCUUCUCUGUAUUGACUUGUCAUUGAACUAUUGGAGUGAACAAGUAAAGCCCUUAAAGCAAAGAGCUUGGUCUAACUUGACAGCCUGGGGGUGUGGCACUGUUGUUGCAUUGCACUUUAAGAGUUAACGUAUUGUCCCAGAUGUCAUUAAAGAGACAGCCCUCUCUGUAACUCUCCAAUGUGUCAACAAAAGAGUCAAGUGUGACAGCUGUACCCAAAUCAAGGUGAGGGUACGGUAAAAUAUCUGAUAGAUAUUUGAUCUCACCAAGAACACUGGUAAAUGUUACAAGCAAACUAUCAAACUUGAGAUCUAUUUGGGCUAAUAAACCACUUGCCUCUAUAGCUCUGUCACCAUUUUCCUCUUCUGAUAUUUCUUUUAGUAGACGUAUGAUGGCUGGCAGUCUCUAUCUUGCAAGCUUUAUACCUACGCUCUCUGUGUUAUCUUCUGUGUAGCUAUGAGGAGCAGAGUUUCUCAAAUAACUUUAAUGUACUUUAUUUUCCUUUACUAAUUUAUUGUAUUCCGCAUUUAAGGAGGCUGAGGGAGAGGAUGUGCUUGCAGUGGAUUGUUCACACUCUGCUUAUGCUAACAUGACAUUAAUAUGUGCUUCAGAUUUGGCAUGGCCUAAAACUCCCCCAUCUUUGAAGGUUGCCUUUUUCCAAUUUUAAAACCCUCUUCAGAUGUAAAUACUGAAUCACCUGAGGAGGGGAGAUUGAAGUGCCAACAGGCAUAACAGUAGGCAGACUCGUUACUCUGAGAAUAUUCCAGCCAUUUAUGUUUGUUGUACCCAUGUUUAGAAAAGCAUCGUCUUUUGUCCUCUUGACAGGUACGAGGGAAGAUUUACACAAGUAAAAACAGGGCUUCUGUUAACUGUGACAUCAUCCAGAGAAGACGGCUCACCCAUUACUAC